UAAGUUAAAAAAAAAAUUAUUUCAGUGUCUGUACUAACAAGUGCCAUGAGAGUAACGUCGGCCCCAGGUCCAGGUGUUGGGGUCUCCAAAGUCUACUGCCAAGCCCCUGAAUCCUCUGUCUAUAUCCAAACCACACACAAGCCUGCACAAGUUCCAGGUGGAAACAUAGUGAACAUAGCAAACCCGCUGUACAGCCUUCAGCCCAACAGUUUUUACGACAAUCCCAGCAACUUCAGGACGUUCACACCGGCACCGGUCACCACAACCUCAGUCCAACAAACCAGGCCCACUCCCACCCAAGUCCAAGGACUGGUGACCUCAGGACAACCUGUGCGGUUCAACCCCGUUAUGGUAGUGGACUCCUCAGCACACCCCUAUGUGCCUAGUGAAAGUGCUCAGCCGUUGACGGCAGAGAGUUGCAACAACGUCGCCAGUCAGCCUGCCGUUCAUGUGAAGCAGAAUGCCUCUCCAAGACCGAGCAUCCUGCGUAAACGUGAUACGGAAGGAACGCCCGGUAAGGCAGCAAAGAACCUGAAUCCGUUGUUUGGCUCACUGACUGUCUCGACGCCCAGUUCUCCUCCAUCUCCGCCUCGAGGCAAUGGAGGGGCACAGAGCUCGGGGGGUUCCACUACGAUAUCGGCAACGUCCUCGCCAGGUCUCGGCACAGAUUCGCCACCACUGAAGCCGGACAUUGUGGAAGACGAUCGGCCUCUGGAGAUGAGCCCGCGGAAGAAACCGAGGAAACAGCAGCUGAGUGGAAAUCAAAUUCAAGAACCCAAAUUCAGUGAUGAUGAAAUGGAGUUCAUUCCAUCGGAGAAAGUCAAAAAGACGUCUAAGGAUGGGGUCGCGCGUGACGGACUGGUGUUAAAGCAUGUGGCCAGGCGGCCGAUGAUGUUAUGGCCCGGGUACAAGCAGAUGUGGAAAUCAAAAAACCAUCACUUCCUGCGGUACUCGGACGUCCGGCCCAAGGAGGAGAAGCGGCCGACCGUCACAGAUCUCGCUGCCCAGAAGAAUGUCAUGCAGAAGUCCAAGGGUUGGAAGAUACAUCAUCUCAAUCUUCAGAUGACGGACAUUUCAGAACUUGAGAUGGGCGUUUUCGACAAGCUCACGGCAAUGCUUAAAGUAUUAGAGAAGAAAUCAGGGAAAGAUGUAGAUAUCAAUAGGGUCAACGAAUUAAUUAAGGGGAACAUCCAGAGGAGUAAAGUGAUCACGGACCAACUGCAAGAAGCAAAGUGUCAAGUGAUGAAACUGUUUGAUCACAGGUGUCAAGUGACAGAACUGUUAAACCGGUUCUCUAGCAGACGUUCCGGUAAAAAGAGAGAACGGGUAUGAAGUUGUGCGGGAGUCGAGCAAUUCUCGUGUCUAUAAAUCUCAGGCCUUUGUGAUCGAUGCACAGUUUUAUUUUUUAAAUGUAAAUAUAUUUUAUCAUAAAUUGAAUUGUGCAUUUUUGUAUAAUAAUAAUGUAAAUAUGAAAAGCAAAUUUUAUAUUUGUCAUGAUAAUUUAAUAAUUUGUAAACGUGCUGGCAUGAACAUAUGUACAUAUCAUAAUUUGUAAUUACGACAAGUAAUUUAAAUUUCAGUACAGAUUUAAUAAAAAAUUUUAGCUAUUUUAA